UAAAAUGAGUCAGUCCCCUCAAAGGAGAGAUUUCUCGUUUGCUACCCCUGCGAAAAAUCGGAGAGAGAUUCCAGGCGCAUAUUCGUGCUCCAGAGAGGUCACAAGUUAUACCAGGAUUAUAGAAAGUAUCAUAAAGAAAACUUAUGGACAAGAUCAUGGGAAAUUCUUGGUUCCAGCCCUAGAGUGGUUAAAAGACUGCAGUCUAAAUGAAAAGAAAGGCCUAAAAGUCAUUCAUAUGGUUGUUAAAAACAAGGGAUUGAAAACAUUCAAACCUAUUAAUAAAAAACCAGAGGUCAAAGAAAUCAUAGAUCUCAAAAAUUUAGAGAUCAAGGAUGCUAUCAAGGAGUAUGAAAAGCUUAAAUUGAAGACAUCUUAUGGAUCGUUCUAUGGAAGAAAGCCUGCGUUGGAAGAUUUAGCAGAUACCACAAUUCUGAACUCCCAGAAGUUCUCUCAGCUCCCUUGCACAAAAAUCUUGACUAAGCUAGCUAAAGACGCGCUAGAUUCCUGGCAACAAAUUGAGCCUGAGAAAGAGUAUAAAGGGAUUGCUUUGAGCACCCUCAGAUCUCUAAAUACCCAUGUUCUCAAAUCUGAGCCGAACACUUCCUCAUCAAGAGUGUUUCACAGAAACUUCAAACCCUCAGAGCUCAGCAAGGUUGAGAGAUAUGACAAACUUAUUGAGACAAUCUCUAUGAGAGUUAAAUAAUAAAUUCUUCGAAGAAAGCAAAGCUAAAAAUACCACCAAUAAAAUUGCUGUACCAGCCCAAAUCAUGGAUAAGCUUGCCAAAAUAAAAAAUUCCAAAAUUUACGGAAGGGCUCUUUCUAGAAGAAAAUAUCUCCAUUUUGUCAAAGGCAGUAUUAGUACUAUUAAUAAUGGACAACCAAUGAUGUUUGAAGACGCUAGCACAAAAAUAAGUGGGUCCAUACCAAAGCCAUCAAGCUUGGCUAAAGCCAAGAAUUAUGGCUCCUUGUUUAAGAUAUCAGUCGGAGGUGGUGCUUGUAUCCCAGACACUAGAUACCUCUCAAUAGAGAAUUCUAAGAAAAGCUCUAUAGAGAGUAAUUUUGAGAAGGUUCAUCACUCAAUGAACAAUACUAUUAGAAGACAUCUUCCCAAUACAAGCCAUCAUAGUUAUGCAAAGUCUGAGCUGAAAAGAGGGUUAUCGAUGGGCUAUUAA